AUGUCUUUCUCAGAGCAUCGAGUAAUCCCACCUCCGCCCCAGAAGCAAGGUCAACAGAGCAGGAACUUUCCUCCCGCCUCCAAUCGAUGGAUCCCUGACCGUGCAGCAAAUCAUUCUCCAAACCACCGCGUUUUUGUGUAUGCGCGCGAGGACGGAAGCUUAAGGAACAUUUCCUGGGCCGAGGCAGUCGCAGCCGCGUAUACUUGUGCUCGUUUAAUGAAUAAUCGCAUCCCUCUCAAGGACAAGGCCCCCGUGGUUGCUGUCUUGUCAAUGUCAGAUACCAUUACUUACGCGACUACGGUCAUGGGUCUUCAGCGUGCCAACUGCGUUGUAUUUCCGAUUUCCCCGCGUAAUUCGGCACCUGCUGUUGCACACCUUCUUUACGAGGUGAGGGUGGAACAUGUACUUGUCGGUAGAGAUGAGUCCAUGCAAGUCGUCUCUCAUGAAGCACUCGACAUCUUGAAGUCUCGAUAUCCCUCUGUCGACCUACCGCAGCUAUCUCCUAUCCCAAUUUUCGAGGACCUCUUUCUGGCGGAUUGGGAGACGCGUACAAAUGCUGAUGAUCUUCCUCUUUUGAGUGUGGAUCCCGGUGCCGCCUGCCUGUAUUUGCAUUCCUCUGGUUCAACGGCAUAUCCAAAGCCAAUUCCCUUGACUUUCCGUCGUAUCAUUGAGCAUGCCUUGGUUCCAUGGUUCGGUGGAAGAGACUUGUGCGACCUCGUCUUCGCUGUGCAUGGCUUACCAAUAUACCAUAUUAUGGGCCUCGGGGCAGUUCUUUGGGCGGCAUCAUCGGGAAUAGUGUUAGGUGUCUUUGAACCCAGAACACCGGCCACAUCUCCAACACUCGAUAGCAUGUUUGCGUCGGCCAUGACGAUGAACAGCGACAUCGUAUUUUGUGUUCCCAUCUUUUUGGAAACACUAUCUCGUGAACCGGAGUACAUUGAUUGGCUAUCUACACGUUCGGGCGUGAUUUACGGCGGGGGGUCAUUAAACAGGGAAGCAGGAGACCACCUGGCAUCUAGAUGGUGUUCCCAUUUUUGUUGUUUACGGGUCAAAAAUGAAUUUAGCGAGCCCUCCGUCAUCAACACGACCGUUGAUGGUGUUGACGGUUUUGCGACAUCAGAUCUCUUCACUCCACACCCGACGAAACCUGGUUACUGGAAAAUCAUUGGGCACGAACCCAGGACCUUUGGAGAAUAUGCUCAAUCAGGAUCCGCAUGUCUCAGCAGCUGUCAUGUUCGGGCGCGGGAAAUAUCAGUUGGGAUACUCGUUGAACCAGCGUCCCAAUUUUCCUUCGAUCCUGUGGAUGAGAACAAGCUCGCUGAAUUCAGGAACAUGAUUUGGCUUACAGUCAAGAAGAUGAAUCAAUUCGCACCACAACAUUCACGUUUAUUCAAAGAAAUGAUUAUUGUCACGAAGCCGGGUCAACCCUUUACCUAUACAGCUAAGAACACAGUGAGUCCGAUCCCCGACAACGAAGACCUUUUCCAAUACGGAUGCGAUAGCUUACCGGCUGUAUCUCUCAGUUUACAAGCCACACGGAUUCGAAAUAUCCUCUUUCAGGCGCUACGAGACUCAGCCGAUUACGAUACCCACCAAAUCUCGGACGACUUCGUGUACUCUAAUCCGAGUAUUACUCGACUGGCAAAGUUCCUGGUUUCGGUUGUUCAAGGAACGCACAUUCUUGGUGUCGGUACAGCUUCCGGGCUGGAUGCGAUGCAUGAGAUGGUACAAAAGUAUUCAAAGAACUUUCCCACCGUACCUGAGAACCAGUCCUGGCUGGAGAUAGACAAAAUUGUGCUCGUAACGGGUACCACCGGGGGCCUCGGGUGCCACAUCUUAGUGAAUCUUGUCUUGGACGAAACGGUCAAGCACAUAUACGCGGUGAAUAGGCCGGGAGCAGUGCCUGUGAUAAAGCGACAGGAGCAAACAUUUGCCGACCAUGGACUAAACGUUAGCAUGGAGAAGGUCACCAUGCUUGAAGCUGACCUGUCGGUUGAAACUCGAGUUCUUGACCAGGCAACAUGGCGUGUGGAUUUCAACCUAGGAUUGUCUUCAUUUGAGUCCAAUAUCCGAGGACUACGCAAUUUGAUUGAUUUAGCCUUAGUUUCGCAAGCGCGGCUUAUCUACACGAGCUCUAUUGGAGUAUUCCAGAAUGCCCCAGCGGAUCAUCCUCUUGCUGAAGCACCCAUCAACGCCACGGUCGCACAAGGAACAGGAUAUGGCGAGUCCAACUCACGGGAGGACCGAAGGGGCACAUGGAAAAUUAAGGAAUGGGUUCCAUCCAUGAUCCAGAGUUCCACGGUGCUUGGCUGUCUGCCAGAUGAUGACAAGUUCAUCUCAUGGCUGCCGGUGCACAUGGCUGCACAGCUCCUUGUCGACUGCAUCGACAUUCCAACUUCGAUCAUGCAUCUCGUUCAUCCGAAACCGGUUAUAUGGUCCACUUUAGCUCGCAUCAUCUCGGACGAAGUUGAACGUCAGACUCGUGUCAUAUACACACUGGCUACAGGCGUUAGGAACACUCUGCCUUGGACGCGACGAAAUUGCCGGCGAAGCGUAUACUUCCGCACUACAAGCACAGUGCGAAAAAUAUGGGAUUAA